AUGGCCGAGGCUCAAAAAUUGGAAUCCUUGUCGCAGAAAUUCGCAAAGCAUCAAGAAACAAUCAACGAAUUAAUCCAGUCCCGAUCCCAGCUAGAAACGCAGUUUCAAGAAAACAAGAUUGUUCAGGACGAGUUCCAGCUGUUGAACUCGGAGUCCAAGAUCUACAAACUCGUGGGACCAAUCUUGUUGCCGCAGGAGUUCACUGAGGCUGAUUUGAAUGUGAAAAAGAGAAUUGAAUUCAUCGAGGGCGAAAUCAAGCGGGUUGAAACCAAGAUUGAGUUGGAAGAGAAGGAAAUGGAAAGUAUAAGGAGUGAAAUUGUUCAAUUACGAACUUCACUGGUACCAGCAUAA